AUGCUUCAAAGCCGAAAAAGACCCAUUCAGCAAGUUGCUGGAGCGGGUGGAAAGAGGAGGCGUAUGGCCAGCCGAGCACCUAAUAUGUACUUCCAACAGAACAACAUGUUUGCAGCAAAAGAUCUUUCUCAUGGACGGCAUAAACCGUGGUCAGCUCUUGGAGCUUGGUUCAUGGGACCUAAGGCAGAGAAUGGAGAUCUGUUUCAAGAUCUUGUGACUAAAACAAUCGAUUCACAUAUUAAGUUUCGCCGACACAUGUGAGUACGGUAUCCUGUAGGGAGUCAGUUAAUUAUGCAACUGAGUUAAGGAUAUUAAGUCAGGAAUUAGGAAUUCAAAACUACAAGAGAAUUCCAUGUUGCCUGCUGAAUUUCACCAAAGUUAGAAGAGUGGAAUGGUUAUGAAGCCCGUGAGACUCCUUUGUUAUAUUUUUGUGGACUUCAUUUUUGGCGGUGUACAAUGUUCAAUAGUAUUCCUGUCAUUCAAAUCUUAUUAACGAAUAAAAUUAACGUCGCAUUUAUUUAUUCAGUAUCAUAAUUUGUAAACAGAAAACAAAGGAUUGUGUACCUUCAGGGACUGCUUCGAACAUAAACUGCAAUACCGUUGCUUCAAUAUCUGGUGUUUGCCACCUUUGAUAAUAACUAGACAUGUCACAUGCACAAAUUAGAUAAACCUAACUCCCCAUUAUCUCUUAUCAAUCCACUUUGUUUGUUUCUGCGUUUCAAGGUUCGCUUCUUGUGAUCGCCCUGUUUCGUACUGUUUCGGGCAAUGAUCGACUAGUUUUCUUCGAAGCUUUUUAUGAUCUUUGUUAUCCUUGUCUCUUGCAAGAAUAAAGCAAUAUCUGCCCCCUGCCCUCAACAAAAAUUCCACUCAUCAUCGCGAUUUCUUUUACUAUUCUUGAGCACUUUAGGGUCAUUCUCAAUUUUGUUUUUGCGGGCCAAGCUGGUCGAGUGCGUUGCAUUGUGAUUUGCAUUAACUCCACACCCACUCAAAUGAUUGACGGAACAGAAAAACCAGCUCAAAGUUUUCAAACACUCAGCGCGAUACAACGAAUUUGGCUAUAACUUAUAGCCAAAUUCGUUGUAUCACGAAAACUUCGAAAGAAUUUUGGGUUUUUCUGCUCCGUCAAUCAUCUUAACGGACCUCUUAGGAAACACAUGUUUACUUGUGAUCGGUGCACUUCGAUCCACUCUGUUUGUUUCUGUGUUUCAAGGUUCGUUGCUUGUGAUCGCCCUGUUUCGGGCAAUAAUCGAAUAAUUUUCUUCGAAGAUUUUUCUAAUGUUUCUUAUUAUUGUCUCCUGCAAGAGUAAGGCAAUGUCUGCCUCCUACUCUCGACAAAAAUUCCACUCAUCAUGGCGAUUUCCUUCGCUAUUCUUGAGCAGUCUUGAGUCACUUUUUUUUUGUUUUUGCUAGCCAAACUGGGCGAGUGUGUUGCAUUGUGAUUUGCAUUAACUCCACACUCACUCAAAUGAUUGACGAGACAGAAAAACCCAUUCGAAGUUUGCAAACGAGCAGCGCGAUACAACGAGUUUGGCUAUAAUUCCCAGCGGUGAGAAAGUCGUCCUUUCGAGCAGACAUGGCGGUUGUGGCAAUUCUCAUGCUAAAAAGGAAUAAACUAAUUUUUACGUGACCUUAUUGGAUAUUUAAUGGUCUUAUCAUACUUCAAGAGAUGAAAUGAUCUUAAACAUACUUUUUUCUUACGAUGCACCAGCCAGUUUUAUACAGUUUCCCACAGCCUUCUGUCCACAGGCAUCCGCUUCGUUGCGAUGGGUCAUAUUGGACGUCAUACCCGUUUUAAAAAUAUUUAAUCGACUUCGACAAAAUUUUCUUGUUCUUUGUCAUCUUUUAGCUAUUUUCCCUGUGAUCCCCCAUAUGUGACUGAUGAUCUUCGCGAGGCAGAAGCCUAUCAAGCUUCCAAGGAUAAACUGCAGACAGAAUUGGAGCUAUUACAAAGGCAAAUGCAGAAUUCCGUCCCAUUUUACAGCACGAGAUACAAGGUAAUAGCGUUUAUCAGGAGUCUUCAGCAUUGUUGAAGAACUUCCUCAGUCGAGUCAAUACCAAAUGCCCGAAUGUGAUUGGUUCUCAACAGCCCUUAAUUAUUUUGCAUGUUAAAUUUGGGUGAUACAAUUGAUACUUUUCGACAUAAAGCUUACUUCUUGCAAUCGCACAAUUACAGUAGUUAAUUAUAAACAUCUAAUGGACAUUAAGUAGUAAAUUGGAUAGCCGAAGUAGCUAGCCAAUUAUAUCUACUACUAAAUACUUAAUCUAUUCUAGACAACCAAACUCCAGGACCAAAAUAAGCGAGCACUCAUGGCCUGUUGCCCAGCUUUAGCUAGAAAGAGGAUAAUGAAAUAGAUUGAUAAGUUCGAAGGCUCUCUCCUUUAUAUUUUACAAACUGCAAAACACUAUUGAUGUCAAAGCAAGAAACACCAACUGCAGCUACAAUAAAAUUACGAUAUAUUGCCUAACUUUACAAUACAACAUUUUAGCUGUAAGGAGGUGAAGAUAACUUUCUCUUGACAUUUAGUUAUUAUUAUUAUUAUUAUUAUUAUUAUUAUUAUUGGUAACUAAUUGGUAAGACGUGAAAUGUUUAUCUACGCGUGGUAAGCCUUGAUCGCUAAACUGGGAAAACUUGAUAUUUUCAAGCACUUUUCCCCUUGAAAAGUUUUCCUUUGUUCGUGCAAAAGCGUUCAAAUUUCGACUUUUUUUGGCUCUACCCCAAAGAAGGGUGUAAGCAACAUUUGAGUUACAGAAAAUUAUACGGUCACCAGACAACUUCCCAAAAUUUCGGUUGCCUUAUAUUUUCUGGAAAGUUGACCUGUAUAUAGCAGUCACCCUGUAUAUACCGCUCACCUUGCCAUUCCCAAAGGUGACCGUUGUACAUAUCAGGUUUGAUUGCACUUGUGUUAACUUAUCUUAAUGCCUAAUUACCUACGCGUGUCUUAUUUACUUCACAAAUAGGGACAUGUCAACUGGGAUAUCGCGAUGCCUGCCAACCUUGGCUACAUCUGCGCUCUGCUUUACAAUCAGAACAACUGCGCUGCGGAGGCAUCAACCGUCACGACUUCAUUUGAGCUGGAGGUCGGGACCGACCUUUGCGUAAUGAUGGGAUACGAAAAAGACAAAAGCAUGGGACAUUUGGUUACUGGAGGAACCAUUGCAAAUAUUGAAGCAAUUUGGGCAGCACGAAAUGUCAAAUUUUUCCCUCUGGCACUGCAGAGAGCCUUGAAGAAGGAGGAAAAGUUAGCUGCUGCCAAGGAUUAUAAGGUACAUUGAAUGUGCUUAUUUCUCAGCAGUAGUAGAAGAAAUAAGUGAGUAGGUCUUGCUCGUAAUGAAUCAGUUCAUGUAUGCAGUGAAAUAUACUAAAGUUUACCUGAAACUGAACGUUUAACAACCGUUCAUAAGUUGCUAUAGUUGAACUUCUGGCUGCAAACAGACCCGCAUACAUGUACACAAAGAUUGCCAGAGAUAUAUUGCCAAUGAAGUGUGUUUGGCUAUUGACAUUGUUGACGGUCGGAAUAGUAUAACAUAACAAAUAUCUCAGGAGAAUGCUUUAUUAGUAGUAGUAGUGGGAACCCUUGGAAGUGUGAAAAAGAUCUUAGCGGAAUUUGACAUUUAGCUGAGAAGAAGCAGCAUUUGUUUCUUGGCACAAGGAAAUUGCAAACUUAAGAAUAAAUUGCAUAGCCUGCCUUCUUAUAUAUAGUGAACAGCAACAGAUACCCUCAGAACGUACGUAAAGGAGCUCUUACAAUAAAAUUGAUGAUAAUCUGAUGAUAUGAUGAUGAUGAGAUGAUGAUGAUGAUGAUGAUGAUGAUGAUGAUGAUGAUGAUGAGGAUGAGGAUGAGGAUGAGGAUGAGGAUGAUGACGGGUAAUGGUGAUGACAAUGACAAUGACGAUGAUGAAUUUCUAUAUUUGCUUUCCAUCCUUUAAGGUUUUCUUCCCCAAAAAAGGUAAGAUGGGAGAACUAACUAAUGGCUCUGAAUGGGAACUACUCAAUCUCGACACUUCUUCCAUUCUCAGUAUGCCUGAUGAUAUUGAGAUCCAAACUGGAUUGGAACACGGAGAAUUCAUGGAUGUUAUGUCAGACUACCUUUACGAAUCCAUUGGAGCGCCAGAAUUUGCUCGAAGACAUCCUCUAAUUGAGAAAACCUGUGUUGUGGUGCCUAGUACAGCGCAUAUUUCCUUCACCAAGGCCGUAACUGUGCUAGGGCUGGGAAAAAAUAACCUUGUCAAAGUUGCUGUUGAUGAUGAUUCACGAAUGAAUUCCGGUGGUAAGUCAAAAGAAAGACUCUAUGUAUAGGUUUUUCUAUCACAAACUACCUGUUCAUGUCACUCUUGGUAAGACCUGUUUAUAAGAACCUAACGCUUAUGACAGUUAUCAAGCAAGUGAUUAGAUUAACUUCAAACCAACAUUACAAAUAAAGAUCCCAGCAACUCAAGUUCCUCUGGAAAAGAAGUCAUCAGGGAGAGAAUGCAUUAAAGAUAUGAAAGCCUCAAAAAACGUUACAUAUUUUAACUCAUCUUAAAGUUUUGAGUGUUAAUAUUUGGUGAAGUUUUCAGUGAACCAUUUUUAAAUAAACAAAGAAAGUGUGCAGCGGAUAUAUUUCCUCCAGCUGCAGUGACUGUUUCCAGAAUCUUCAGAAGAAUUUUAAACAUGUUCAAAAAAUAGUUCAGCUAUAAUUUCAUUAUUUUCUCAGAUUUAAAUAAGUUGAUAAUAUCUCCAUAUUCACGAAACAUGUUGUAUACAUGUUAUUCGAAUUUUUAUUAUGUGUAAAUGCUUUUCUGUUGUUAUAAGUGCUGAAAGACAUCCUUGACAAACAUCUGGAAGAUAAAAUUCCUGUUGUCGCUGUUGUGGCUGUGAUGGGCACCACUGAAGAGAGUUCAAUAGAUCCACUUUCUGAAAUCCUUCAGUUGCGAAAAAGCUACAGCAAAAAGGUAAAUGAGUUGUACUAUUGAAACGGAACAGGCUAUAAUCAAUUGUUGUUCCUUCUAUUUUCCAACGCCUUGAACUUUUAUCAGUUGGAUGUUAAUUUAGCUAAAGCUUCGAAAUCAAUUCUCAAGUACCUACAUUAAAUUCUUUCUUCCCCUUGAGUACUGUUAGGAAUAUCUAGCACAGGUGGAUGACCAAACAUCUCUUUUUGUUGCUGUGACCUUGCGGAUAUUUCAUAUAUUUUCGUAUUUUUUUUUUCCCACUUUCCCCCCCAGGGAACUCAGUCUGAACUCAUUCUUGAUAGCCUUAAGGUAAUCCAGACUGGCUAACUUUUUCUCGCACUAAUGCUACACUUUUUUUAAAUGUAGGGUCUUGACUUCGCUAUCCACGCCGACGGAGCCUGGGGAGGAUAUUUCUGCAGUAUGUUGAGGGACCAGCCGCAAAGUCAUUACUUAAAACCACCUGAAGACUCAGGAUUUAUUCCCAGAAUAUUCCUUAGCAAUUACGUCAACGAACAGCUUUCAGCUGUUAACCAGUGUGACACCAUCACCAUUGAUCCUCAUAAGUCAGGCUUCUGUCCAUAUCCAGCGGGAGCUUUGUGCUACAAGGACAAGCGGAUGAACACCUUCCUUCAAAUAACCACAAAUGUGGUGUACUACCAUGGUGAUAUGACUCUGGGAGAUAUCGGCCUCGAGGGAUCCAAACCUGGAGCCGCUGCAGCAGCAGUGAGACUCGCGAACAGGGUAUUUAAAUUAAAUUAUCACAUUAGAGUCGACAUAGGCCAUUAUACUACUACAUGAAAAGCCAAACUAAAAACUUUACUUUUUAAAGAAGCCUAUGAUUUAUAAAUUUACCGCUCAUGAAUGACUUAUCAAUUUACGUUUUUGAGAUAAUUUCAAUUACUUAGCUUCAAUACAUUUUUUAAUCGAAUCUUAUAGUUGCCUUUUUAAUUGUAUAUAUAGAAAGAUUUAUACUAAAUUUUUAGGCUUGUUUAUUUUUUUAGGAAAUUUUACGUAUAAUUUUAUAUAAUAUUAUAAUUUUAAUUUUUUAUAUGCUUGUUUGCUGUUUUUUCUUUUUGUUGUUGUUGUUAGUGCGCACUAGAUCAUAUAAUUAAAUGCUGUUUUGCACCUUAUAAAUUAUAUUUAUUAUUGUUUUAUUUACUGUACUCGAGAUAGACCUUUUAAAAGUCAUCUAUUUUUUUCCUGGUUAGUUAUGCCAUUUCAAAGGAGUUUUCGUACCUGUUUUGCGCGAAAUUCACUGGUGGGAAAUUCCAUGGGUGGGCCGGCCGGGUGAUGUCAUGAUAAAUGAACAACAAGAGUGUGAGUGAUAUUUGACGCCACUCCAGACUCGGCAUAUGUCAAUUUUUUUUUUCCUGAGUGAAUUUAUAAUAUGAUUCAAAUCCAUUCAGGAAAAACAAGUCGACCUCGCGUCUUCGCCGCUCUGGCGCUCGGUGGCUGUGCGUCUUCAUUGAAGCUCGCUUCGGGCUCGCUCGGAAGAACUUACGAGAGGUCGACUUUAAUUGGCGAGUCUAGACUCGAGAGUCAAAAGAUCGAGAGAUAAAAAGCAUUGGCGUUGAAUUCAUCGUCAUUUUGUCACCAAAAAGUGAAUUGACAUCAGGUAUUUAGUACUUCUUGAUCUGCAAGAAAAGGAUUAUACUUCAUUCACUUCGAAUCCGCGUGCCCUGUCUUUCGUGAAUCACUGCAUGAUGAUUUUUAGAUGGAAGUGAAUUUCCCCAUCGUCAUUCUCUUUCGUUCCUUUGAAAAAAGGUUAUUGGUCUCAACAAAAACGGCUAUGGUCGUAUCCUGUCUGAAUGCAACUAUACUGCCAAACUGUUGUACUGCCUUUGGGUGACACUUCCUGAAGAAGACGACAACUUUAUAAUUGAAACUACUAAGCCCCUCCCCGAAAAAUGGAAGAACCUGUCUCAAGAAGAGCAAAAACGAUUGAUCAAAGACAGGAUCAUUGGAAAAAGCAAUGAAGAACUUGCUAAGGUAAACGAAACGCAUGAAAAAUUUCUUCGUUUCUGAAACGACUAAAUUUAUGUUAAUCCAUGGAGGAGUAAGCAAACCCCCCCUUUUUUUCUCUGUUUGCUGUGGUCAAUUUUGGUGAUAUUUUAGAUUUAUAAUUGACAUUGACAUUUUUAUGGAUUAUGAUGCUUACGGAGAACGAUAACAAUAACAUGUUUAGAAUCUAUAGUCCUAAUCUCAGUUACUGAGCUUCAAAGACCAAGUGUUUCCGCUGGGCGGUCAGCAUUAGUAAAAGCAAGUAUAUUACUUAUUUUACUGAAAAAUUAAUUAAAAAUCGCCUUUUUUUUCUAAUAUUCCCCCCCGAAAAGUCAACUAUUCAAUCAAAACUAAUUGUUAAAGAUGUUCGUACUUAGGCAACCUUUUUUUUUCAAAUGUUCAAUGCUAUUUUCCAAUUAUAUCAGGAUGAAGAAGCUAUGGAGUACUUGAAGGAGAUAGGUCCAGAUACACUAGUUCCGUGCUUCACAGUCAACUUAAAGGAUAACAAGAGUGUCGAUGUCUGUAACGCAAUCAAUAUGGCCAUAUUUCAAAAGCUGAGUCAUUCCUCGGGUGAAAGAACUGCUCAUCGCGUCCCAAUGGUUGUUACUGCCUCAAGCAUGCUCCACCACAAACACAGCUCCGCAUUGAAGAGCUUCAAAAAGAGAUUGGGGGUAAGUGGUGCAACGAUCGUUUCUUUACGACAAAAAAAGAGAAAAUCCUCCUUUGUGGUACUGUCUCCCCGUGUGAGGCUCAUCACUGAACCCAAGCAUUUAUUAAUACCAAUAAUUUUUUUGGGGGGCAAAUUCACAUGUCCAAUUGCCCUAUCGCAAGUUGUUUAUCAGUGGUCCUGCCAAGGAUCUGCAGCACAUAGUCUUUUUACGGAAGAACUUUUUUUGUUCUUAACUGCUGUUUUUAAGAAAAAAAUAAAAAAAGUGUAGCGCGUUUUGACAAAGGAACUAUCACUGAUUCAGUUUGGCUUACGAGUCAUGAGUCAUCCAUUGGUAUCGGCGUGUCAAGGAGAUAUAUAAUGUUUUAUAUGAAAUUAAGCAUUUUCUGCUCUUCCUCCUGUCUUGUACGUUUCAAUUACCAAAAAGGAGUAAAACUAUUUUUGUCCAAUAACAGCCUCGCUUUUUUGUCACUAAUGACAAAAUAUCUCGUAACCAUAGCGAAACCGAUUGCCACUCAAUUUCUCAGAACGUGUCUGAGGAAUAAUAACACGAAAAUAUUCUGAGGCGAUGAUCUUGAAUCUGAUUUUUUCUAAUAUAAAUCUGGAUUGUGGGUAUCUCUCUCUUUUAUUUUUGUUUUUUACUGUUUUUAAAAAACAUUUUGAUUUUACUUUAUGUCGUCAAGCUCGAUCAUAAAGAUGACAAUCCAGUUAAGUUUAUCAUCACCACGUGCAUGGAUCCAUGGGCCUCGUCCAUCGAAUUCUUUGACGAUCUUGCUGCUAUCAUGAGGAAUACCAUUCUUUGCGCCAUUGGAACGGUAAUGUCCUCUUAGCAUAAUCAAUAUUCAUUGCAUAUUUAGCACUGACAAUUGAUAGAAAGCUAUUCAUCCAAGCUUUUGCAUUUACGAAGCUUUACUAAUGCUUACCGAAAAGUUUAGGUAAAAUAAUCAACGCUCUUUUAUCUCUCUUUGACGGGUGAUACCGUUGUGUGACCGUUCAAGUGCCUGUCUUAAGAAGAGUGUCUGCUUUGUAGAAAGUCAAACGAUAUGACUGAACAAUGACGGGAACCAACCUUAAGUGUUAGUGUUCGAAAGAGGUUUCCAGGUGGUUCAGAACACAAAAUUGCCAAUAUGGUAAAAUUUUGACCUUUUUGGUAUAUGAUGUUUACUUUCCCUAACUUGCUUUUUCACACUUCGUUUCUUUCUUCAUCGUUAUUGACAUCUCAGAGCUUUAUCGGAAAACAAUUAUCUUGCCCCAAUUUUUGCUUGUGGAAUCCGGGAUCCAGGGCUUUGGAAUCCGUGAUUCAGGUCAAGGAAUCCGGAAUCCCUGUAACUAUCGGGAUCCAGAAUUCAAGUUCCAUAGGAAAGGAAUCCGAAAUCCCGUACCUGGAAUCCGGAGUCCAUAGCGUUUAAUCCAGAAUCCUAGACUGUCUUGGAUUACCUCACUGAUCAUGGCAAUAGGGCGAGUUUUCUAAUCGCAUUCAUUGGGGGAGAUACCUUACUGUCUAGCACCAGACACCCUGAGGUUAAGCUGAGAUAUGUUUUACAUGUACUCCCAUCCUCGCACUCAAGUAAGAUUCAGGAGCCUGUAGAAUCGAGGAAUGUAAAGUUCGGUUGGGACAGAUCUUUAUACAAGUGGCAAUUCAGAGGAAGUGCCGAGGGUUGGCCAAAACGUCUGAAAAUACGUCCACUUGUCUGAAGAAUUUUUUGAAAUUGCUAUUUAAACUGCGUCCAUUAAGAAACUGCAAAAAAAAAAAAAAAAAAAAAAAAAAAAAAAAAAGGAUAAAUAAAAAAUAAAACACAAAGAAAAUAAAAAAAAAAAAUAAAAUUAAAAAAAAAAAUAAUAUAUAAAAUACAUAACAACAAAACUAUAAUAUUUUUUAAAUGCAAAUGAAACUGCAUCCAUAAAAAAAAAGAAAAAAAAAAAAAAAAAAAAAAAACAGUGCUACUGAAAAAUUACAUGCAACUGUCAUCUGGUUUGCAUUUUGCCUUUUAACCACGGAAUCUACUUGACCGAUGAUAACCUACAAUGUAUAUGUUUUUGGCUAAGAAUUAAUACAUCGGAAAAAUGCUUGUGGGCUUGCUCAAACAGUUGAAAUUGUCCAAAAUAAAAAAAAAAUGAUACUGAAUUCAAGAAAAGUAUGUUGGAAGGCUUCAUCCGGCAAAAUUUUCAAUAUUAUUUCACGCUCAAUGACGAUUAGGCUCACUUAACUGAAUUUGCCUUCUGAUGGGUAAAAAUUUUUCACCCGAGUUGCCCAAAUUUUGGACCCCUUAUUAUUGUCCAAAUCUCAGGAUUUGCUGAUCGUUUGUAAAUUUUAACUUGUGAUUAUUAUCACCUCGUUGCACCCAUGCGGUAUGCCCGAUUUCUUGUUUGCAUUCUGACAUUUGAAAAAAUUUUGGUCUUGUAGGUGAAAGAUCCAAAGUCUAAUCAUGACUUUAUUAGCACCGGAGUCGUCGACGAUGAGAAUAGGGUAAUCGUCUACUACGCAGGCAACUUCAGCAACGCCUCCAAGCAGUAUGGUACUGUCGCUACCCUGAAAUUCAAUUCUCAGAAGCAAGCCAAGGAAUAUAAAGAGAAACAAGAUGCUCUGUUGAAGACGAGUACUGAGCCACAACCAAUUGUAUUUAGAAGCAAAGCUAACACCACGCUCCAUGAUGUGUUGUUUGGUGAAUCCGAAUACGGGGACGAUUCAGAGAAGUUCGAUUGCUUCGUAGGGCUGCCCACUGACCAAAGCAAGCCUUUCAUGUCGGUUAACAUGAAGGUGCUAGAUGUGCCCCAGUUUGAGCACUUUGAUGACGAGGAAUAUCCUGAGUUUAGCUCUUUCUUCAUGUAUGGCAACGAGAAAAGUGCGUUUCUGUUUCACAUACCCACAAAGAAGCCAGACUUUCUCCAGGUACUCAAUUCUGAUCCAGUCAAAGAAUUUUAACAGUAAAAUAAUCAAUAACAUAGCUGCUACAUACGAUAUUUUAAAGUUUUAUUGUCAUAACCCAUUCUAGAAACUGCAUAUACUCAGCUGUAGUAGAAAGACUAGUGUGAAUUAUUACAUUGUGGGUAAAAGUUAGCAGUAAGCGUAAUUCGCCGACCACAAGCCUUUAGUUACAGACAAAAGAGAAGAAUCAAGGUUAUAAUUGUAAGGAACAGUAGAUUAUCCUCUCUUGGUUAUAAGGAAGACUUCGUUUUAUUUUUCUUUUAUGAUAUAUUUCAAUUCGAACGGAGGGCCUUGAUGUUCAUGUUAACUGGUAUACAAUGGCUAAUGAAGUACCAGUGUUUAUUUUUGUUGUGAAUGCUCAAAAAAAAAGAAAUUUCUAAGUAAGUUAAGGUCUGCUCUUGCAGUUAUCGCCACGGCUGAUCGUUUGUAAUUUUAAUUUGUAUUUGUUGAAAGAUUGUUCAGUUGGAUGACAUUCCAAAAGGAGUUGGUACAGAAGACGAUCCAGACCUUUUGCUAAAGCAUGGUAUUGAAGUUCAGAUUCCCGACCUUUCCGGAUCGCCAACAAUCAUCGCCGGAACGCCAAGUGACCCACUAAAGAAACACAAGUAUCACGCCACUUUUGUUGGAAUUGAUGGAGUUGAGAUGAAGACCACGGUCAAGAUUGAUAGAAAGAUCUACUUUGAUGGAACAACCAUCAACUACUGA